AUGGAUCAAUCAUUGGAUGAGUUUAUAAAAGCAAAGAAGGAAUCACGUAGAAAUACACCUGCUGCAGCUGCUUCAACUACACCUGUGUCAACAGGUCCUUCACCAAUGGAGUCAAGUCUUGACAACAUUAUUCAAUCACAACAGAAACAAAGACAUAACAAUAGAUAUAGUAAUGGUGAUGGCCAUGUCAAGCGAACAAACACAUUCAACAAGAGACAAUAUAAUAAUACACACGACACAAACAAGAAUAUAGUUGUCACAGUACAGAACAAUCAAGGAUAUGGAAGAUAUAGCUAUCCUCAAACAUAUAAUAGUCACUACCAGAGUGGUGGCGGCUACCAUGGACGCGGUGGUUACAACAAUGCACUGACACAUAAGAAGAUAGUGCUAUCCAAACAGAUCGAUCAUUCGUUGUUCGACCCAAGAGGCAUCAGAGACUAUAGUCAGGCCGGCUCAAGACAGCCAAAGUACGGCCGUCACGGCUUCUAUGACAUUGAGGACCUGGAGGAGAUGGGCGCCACACUGCGCAUCAAGAACAUCGCACCAUCCGUCACACUCGCCGAUAUUGGCAGAGCAUUUGGCAUCAUCGGACCCGUCAAGGACUUUGAUCUGCUGACUCAUCUUUCACCGGUGGAGGCCGUCGUCACCUAUAGACGACGUCUCGAUGCCAUGUCGGCCAUGGAGAGAUUCAACGGCACUGAGCUCGAUGGCUCAGAGCUACGCAUCACCCUGGAGCUAAACGAGAGCAGCACCAGUACAACGUCCACACCACCAGCUCAGACCAAGAGCGAUCAAGCACAACAAGAACAGUCAGAGGACAUCGAAGAUGAGGAGUCCAUGAAUGCCCUG